AUGGCGGAUUUUAUCACGUUGUCGUCGGAUUCGGACGAUGACGAGAGGGCCAUCGAAGGGAUUCCGAAGAGUUUUGAGGACGAUCGAAAAACGAGAUUCUCGUUUGGCGUCAGCUUUUGUGAGCCGGAAACCCGACAAAAGGAUGCCAUCAGUCCGAUGCCAAUGAUUGACGAGUUCGACAAUUUCGCGCCGUCACCCUCGCCACCGCCAGCGCCGCCAAUGAAGACGCCAUCAUCGGUGCUUCGUCGUCGCUCGCUAUCCGUCACCAAUCUCUCGGCGUCUCGUCAAAGGUCUCACGUCGAACAGCCGCCGAUUAGUAAAUUGUGUUCGAGUCUCGUCGCGAACAAUCAAGAUGACGACGACGACGACGACGAUGAUGAUGAUGAGCCGCUGGAAAUGCGCGCGUUGAUCAGUCCGACGAAAAAACGCAAAAAAUCGAGAAUCGCCGAAGUGCAAAACGAGUUUUUCGGCGUCUACUGCCUCAUCAGUCGAAGCGAACGUCCGUGCUAUAAGAAUCGCUGCUACAUCGGCUACACCGUCGAUCCGAAUCGACGCAUUCAGCAGCACAACGGCGGCCGUCGCAAAGGCGGCGCGAAAAAGACGGACUCGCGCGGCCCGUGGGACAUGGUGUGCGUUGUGCACGGCUUUCCCAAUCACGUCGCCGCGCUUCGAUUCGAAUGGGCGUGGCAGAAUCCGACGGUGUCGAAGGUCCUCAAAAAUCGAUGUUUGAAGAAGGAGCGCAAAGAGACGCCGUUCGCCUACCAACUUCGCAUCGCGUGCCAUUUGAUGAACAGCGCGCCGUUCAACCGCUUCGCGCUCACAUUCCGCUGGCUGAUAACGACCGAAGAGCUGCCGUUUCCGACGGCAUGCCAUCCGCCGCCGCACACCAAAAAGCGCUACGGACGCGUGAAGAAAGAGCUGAGCCUCGUACCAUCCGAUCGCAACGACUACGUCGAAAUCGGAGAGUGCCGACAGUGCGGAAGCGAUAUCGAAAAACUCUGGCAUCUGGUGCGUUGCGUCGGCUCAUGCUCGGCCCAUUUCCACGCGAGAUGCCUGGCGGAGAAGUGUCUCGCCAACGAGACGACGACACCCCAACUAUUUCCCGUGAAAGGCAAUUGCCCGAUUUGCGGCUCGGCGUUCCUCUGGGGCGACAUUGUGCGCGAGCAGAGGAGAAUUUUAAAAAUUUCCUCAAAAUGCGCCGACGAGUUCAAAUCGCUCGUCGUUAAAAGCGGCCUACCGCAUCGCGAGCUCACUCCGCCACUCUAA